AUGUCAUCUGGCGCUGGUUCAGUAAAAGAGGAGUUUGAGGAUAUACCUGAAGAACCCCAAGUGACACAGAAGGCCUACGAGCGUGCUAAUAGUAUCGCGAGUGAAGCCUUGGGAGCAAUAAGAACAAUAUUUGCUUUCGAAGGUCAGAAAACUGAACUUAAACGCUACUCCUCUGAGCUGGAUGAGGCUGAAAAGUGUGGCAUAAAAAUGUCACUCAGUGUGGUGUUCACUAUGCUGACCGGUGCAAUCACAAUUGGACAGGCUCUCUCCCAACUGGAUUCUUUCAACAUUGCAAUGACAUCAGCCAGUGAAAUAUUUCCUAUCAUUGAUCGCGUAAGUUCUCCACUUAGGAUGGCACAUCGUCCCCUACAGGUACCACCCAUCGGAAAGCAUGAAGGCGGUACAGUUUUGCCUCAAUUCAGAGGCGAUAUUCAAUUCAGGGACGUUCAUUUCUCCUACCCUACAAGAAAAUCCGUCAAAGUGUUGAACGGCUUUUCAGUGGACAUCGUGGCAGGUCAAACUGUUGCAAUUGUCGGGGCCAGUGGUUCAGGCAAAAGUACUGUCAUUCAACUGAUUCAACGCUUUUACGAUGCAAAUGAAGGACAGGUCCUCAUCGACGGAGUGGACAUUCGAGAUUUGGAUCUGGCCUGGUUUCGCAGUCAGCUUGGUGUGGUUUCGCAGGAGCCCGUACUCUUUGCUGGCACAGUGUCCGAAAACAUUAGACUUGGUUGUCUCACCGCUACCAAUGAGGAGGUCGAGGAAGCCGCGAAGAUGGCGCUUGUUCAUGAGUUUGUCUCCAAACUGCCAGACGUAAGACGAUUUUGUAUUGUCUGCCAAUUGGGUCGUUUUAAAUCUAACAAUGCCGCAUUGUGUUGUAUGAAGGGUUACGACACUUUCAUCGCCGAAGGCGGUGGCGCAAUGUCUGGAGGUCAAAAACAACGACUGGCGAUUGCACGUGCAUUGAUUCGCAAACCACGCAUCCUCCUCCUGGACGAGGCGACCUCCGCUCUGGAUACACGCUCUGAAAAGUACGUCCAACGGGCUUUGGACAACGCCAAAAUCGGUCGCACUGUUGUCAUGGUAGCACAUCGUCUCUCCACGGUUCGAGAUGCUGACACUAUCAUUGUUGUCAACAAGGGCUGUGUUGUUGAGGUGGGAAAUCACGAUCAACUCAUGGCUCUCAAGGAUGGAGUUUAUGCCAAGUUGGUGAAAAUCAGUGUGCGCCUCUCUUCUUCCUCCCCUCUUAGAGAGACCUCCUCCAGAGAACUUGACAAGCAGGGGUUUUUUUUCUCUUCAGGCUGCUGA